UUUUUCUUUUCUUUUUUUUUUUUUUUUCUUGCAGGCUAAUAUUCAGGCCGGCGCUGCAAUUUCAGAAUCUGCCCUUGUAUAUGGCGGACGAAAAUUUCCACAGGAGGAACCGCAACACUAAGCCCCUGUGCACAGCACAGACGGAACGGCUCGACGAAGCCGUCAAACCCCUCGAAUUCAUUACUCAAAUACGCCAUCACGCUUUACUAAAAUGUAACGUAGCGGGUCGCAAGAAAGGGAAAAACCGCUAUGGUGAAAUUUUUAUCAUUUGGAAUUUCUCAUAACUAAUUCAGAAAUUUUUUUUUGAGGAAGCAGUUUUUGUGCCGUCACCUCUGGUCGGGGAGGGAGGAUUUUCUGGAGCAGUAGCCUGUUUCGCAUGAGCUGCAUUGCAUUUAGAGGCAGCCUCUUUGCACUACUGUUCGCCUCUACAACCAGAAGCACAGACUCAGAGGAGGUGGAGUCAUGAGUGCACCGGAGGCACCUAAUCCUGGGAAGGAGCAGGCUGAAAGUGGAAAUGGGAAUGCAGCCACGGAUCCCUCCACAGCCACGAGUAGUACGCCACCGACGGUUGCUGUGAAGAAAGAGCCUGGGAUCUCAGAGAAGAGCAACGGGAAAGUCGGAGAUGCCAACCCUGCUGAGAUCUGUGUCGUUAUUGGAGGAAAAGAUGGAGGAUCAAGCGGAGGUGGAACCCGUAGAGCUCAAACCGAGGGUAUGUUUGCCCUUGGUACUCCUCCUCCAACGAAGAGCACUGACUCAUGCAUAGGUUCGUAUGUAUGUGCAGUGUGUGGGAAGAAGUACAAGUACUACAACUGCUUUCAGACACACGUCAGAGCACACAGAGAAUCAGAGAGCAUGGUUGGAGAUGGUCUGCCUCAGACACCCAAUAGUAGCUUCCGUUACUCUUGUGACAUCUGUGGCAAGAAGUACAAAUACUACAGCUGUUUCCAGGAGCACCGUGACCUGCACGCAGUGGAUGAUCCGUAUGAGCAGGUGGUUCUACCUGUUGAUGGCCUUAAAGAGGAGGAGCCUAUUGAACCCUAUCAGAAAAUUGGACCAAAAACUGGGAGCUAUGUUUGUGAGUUCUGUGGGAAGCAGUACAAAUACUUCAACCCAUACCAGGAGCAUGUUGCUCUUCAUACACCAUUGGAUACUUUUGUUAUAGGGUCAUUUGAUUUGAAGACUUCACGUGUACAAGAAUGUGGUACCCUGGACAUGAGCAAAUUUAGCCACAGCCAAGCUAAUAAGAUAAAAAGUCUGAGCAAAGCGCUGAGCAACAGCCCAUUUAGACGGAAAUUAGAGAGCGCGAUUCAGACCAGUUUGGUUGAUACAAACAGUUCGCAGAACUCAAGUGCAGGAACUCCGAGCCCUCUGGUGGCCACCACCUUCUCUACAUCACAAAAGCCCUACACUUGUGGUGCCUGUGGCAUCCAGUUCCAGUUCUACAACAACCUCCUGGAGCACAUGCAGUCGCACGCUGCUGAUAAUGAGAACCACACCAAAGGGGACUCUCCCAAAACCUCUUCAGCUUCGGGUCCUCAAGAGCAGCUGUGGAGAGGGUCCCAGGCUCAGGCCCAUCCCUCAGUGAAAAUACAAAUCCAGCCUCAAAGUAUCUCUCAGAGGAACCAUACACUCAGCCAGAACAAUGGGCUACCUGAGAAGGAGAGACAGCAGGUGGCUGAGCGCCUAUUACGGGUAAUGUGCUCUGAUCUGAACAUGCUCAAUGUGCUAAACAGCAAAGACUUCCUGAAGCUGGCACAGACCCUUGUGGACACAGGGGCUCGUCACGGUGCCUACUCCACCCGCGACGCUCUUGGCAACAUGAGUGCCUUGGCACUGCGCCAGCUCCCCCGCAUGUACAACCAAGUGAAAGUCAAAGUCACGUGUGCCCUGGGCUCCAAUGCUUCGCUGGGCAUCGCAGUGACCUGCCACUCCCAGACCUCUGGCCCAGACGCCUGCUACGUGCUCACAGCCUACCAGGUGGAGGGGUCCCGCCUCAAACGUUACGUGCUCGGCGUGAGGGAGGCGGAGCUGAGGGAGGGGCCCGAGCAGAUUCACCACUGGGUGCAGAACGUGCUGUCUGAGUUUGUCAUGUCGGACAUUCGAACCGUGUACGUCUCCGAGCCUCGACUGUGGGCAGCCGGAUUCGCAGGGUCGCCGCUGGGGAGCGGCGGGCGGGGGAGAAUAUGCUUGCGGUGUGCGGGGUGUUCGCUCGGCGCCGUCGUUCAGGCGGUUCUCGGGAAACGCAGCCUCCAGGCUCGAGGGCUUCACGAGUUAGCCGAGCUUCUCUCAACCUGCAGAGACAUCGCCUCCUCUUCCACGCUGGCCCUUCGUGAGGAACAGUGCUUCAACACAUCCACAAGCACAACUGAGGAAAGUACACAAGGCUCCCCUGCACAAUGCCCCACACCUCCAUGCUGGGACCGCAUGGCAGAGGCCCUCCUGCAGGUCCACGCACACUUCGAACACAUCUGUGAGGCUUAUGGCCGCAGUAAGUCCACCGCGCCACUUCUUCAAGGACUUAACAAACAUCUGCUAAGCACCCUGGCUUGUCUCCUGGCACCUCUUCGCCUGGCAGCUCUGGAGCUGAGCAGCCAGAGGAGACCAACCCUACAGCAAGUACUGCCUGUCUAUCUGCGCUUGGAGAAGUUCUUCACAUCUAAAGCUGGGGAGGCUGGGACUGGCACCGCUAGCAAACUCUGCCACUAUUUCCUUGAAGCCCUCAAGGAAAACUUUAAGGUUGAAAGAGCCCACCAGGUAGCCAUGGUCCUGGACCCACAGCUCAAGCUGCGUUCAGUUCCAGCCUACCAGCACGAGGACAUCAUUUCCCGUGCCUGCGAAAUGGCUGCUGAAACCAGGGAUGGAAGUCUGAGCGGUGGAGGUGGUUCUAGCGGAGAAGAGAGGGAUGGAGACGGCCCUCCCACCCCGAAAAUAAGCCGUAUAGAUGGCGCUGGAAACAACGGCGGACCCUCGAGAGGCUCCUCUCUGGUUUCGGGGAACGACGAAGGUCCGGGACAAGUUAGGCAAGAGAUAUUUCAGUACCUGGCCGAACCACUUGUCCAAGGCACACCUGACCUCUUUCAGUACUGGAGCUCGACAGUGAGUGAGAAGUUCCCCAAGCUCGCUCGCUUGGCGCUGUGGCUUCUCGCCGUGCCUGCGGUGGGCAUACGCAGUGAGUGUGUGACUGUGUGUGAACAAAGUCUGGCAAUGAAGAGGAGGCAGCAGGUCACUGCUGAGGAGAUGAACAAACUCAUUUUCCUUCGCUCCAAUAUGGGUUAGAAAAGCAACCCAUCAGUCCGUAAUCAACCAAACGAUCAUCCAACCAAUGACUGAAUAUUUAUGUACUGUAGGUUUAGAUGAACUGUAAACAUCAGUGUGUAAGAAAACUAAAGACUCCUCAAGGCAGAAUAAUACAGAAAAAAAAGCAUACACACACACACUGCAAAGACUGUACACACAUAUAAAAUUAAAUGGCUUUUUAUAUAUUUUGUGAGGACUGGGCUGAUGUAAAGUACAGAGCAAAGAGCAGGGGUGGAACGGUAUCUCUGACAAGACGAGACAGUCCUGUUUGGUGCGCUGCCCUUGGUUUAAGACGCACGUGUGAGCAGGAAGAAUUUCAUCUGUCACAGUCAGUGAUUUAAAUUACUCCAGCCUAAUGAUUAAACCUCUACAAGGCUACGAUGCUGUUACUCUCACUGGUUGACAACAUUUUCAGGUAAUUAGAGCUCUCACUGCUUCGGCCUACUGUUACACACCUCUGGA